AUGUUACUCCCUUCAGUGUUUUUAUUCAUACUCUUAUGUUGUCCAUACUCUACGUCAAAAUCCACUAAAACAACUGAACUUGUUGAUACUGCUGUGAAGGCCCUACAAAACGCCGUUGAAUUAAACGACGGUGGUUUGCUUGAUUUAGAUUUAUUAGGAAAGCAAGUGCCUACUUUAAUGAAAGCUUUCGUUUCUAUUGGUUCACUUGUUACUGAAAAAUCGGAAGAAGAGAAGUUAGAUUUGCAAAGUAAGGCGUUAAUAGAUUUCAAGAAUCGAACAGAAAAACUAUGGGAGAGUAUCCAGACAAGAAUUGAUCUCGGUAGAGCAUCAAUCAGAUCCAAUAAAAUAAUUGCGGAAUUUGCUGAGAAACUGGAUAUUUUUGUCAGAAAAAUCACUAAUCGGGCAGAAAACUUUAUUCACCCGGAUGGGCAGAGAUCUAAAGUAUUUAUUGAAAACUUUAAGAAAUCAUGCAGGUUUGAUAUAAAAUCGGCGCAAUCAACACUGAACUAUUUGAAUCUUCGUUUGGUGAAAAACUGCAAUGAUACAAUGACGCCAGCACAGGUAAAAGAAUUUGUUGACUAUCGCGAUGCUUUUAUGAUGGCUUUCCGACGAUUGCAAGUGGAAAAUAAGGAAUUUUCGGACCCCGAAAUCGAUUUACCGGAGCUCCUAGCUGUUUUUGAGAAGCAUGAGAAAGAAGUUCUCAAUGAGAAACUGGACGUUUUCAGUCGUUCUUUCACGAGUAACGAGGAAGCUAUUCCGGCACUUUUCAAAGAACUCAAUGGUCGAGCAUCAAUCAAAGUAAAGAAUAAUGAAACAAGUUGUCUUCUACGUGCAAUGGCUUAUUCAACAUUUUUCAAUAAUGAAUACGCUGAGGCAUUUGGACUGUUGUUGAAGAACCAAUUGAUUGAUUUGACCUUCACAGCAGGGAUUUGUGCUAAUGUAGUGUUCGAUGGAAACGCUGAGUUCAUCAACAGUUUGAAUAAAGAAAUCGUAGACACAGUAACUCGAAUUUCAUCACAUACAGCAAAAUGGGUUAAUGAAUCACUGAUCGCAUCGUGGCCGUCCGCGCAUAAUCAGAUUCUGAAAGAACAGAUUAUGCGCAACGCGGGCAAACCAGGAUAUGUUGGCAAGCGAAGCCUGGAAAUAUCGGCUGUUAUUGUCGUACCCAUUCUCCUCAGAACGGGAUUACCCAACUACUCCUACAAGUUGUUCAUCGCCAAAGGUGUUGAACCUGAAUACGAACUAUAUUUCGAGGGAAUUGAUAAUCAUUGCUCACUCAAUAAAGGUUCAUUUGAUUUUGAUACGGUUAUCGGACGGAUACAUCGUGGUUCUGCAAGUCAAACAUCUAAGCAUAGAAGUUUCGGCUUAAUCAAUGACUACAGUGAAUUGAAAAAUAAGAUUUGGUCUGAAAUGAAUACCUUGGAUGACCUACCAACUCUACCAUUGAUUGCUGAAAAGUUGAAAAAGAAAAUUGGCAAAAAGUUCAUCACUGAGAAUAAAUUUCAUUGUUGGGCAAUCGUGCGAGAAUACGCUUCAAUUUUAUACGGCCCGCAUCCCGCAAUCAAUUCUUGGACAAAGUACUAUGAUGUUAUUGACUCAGUCACCAUCAGAACUCUGAACUAUACAAGUACCACUCACGAUGGUGAUAAGUUUCAAUUUGUAUUCUUUGCGUAA